AUGAUACUAGGGACAUCACAGGAUGAAGAGCAGGAGCGGAUAUCUGUUGCAUCGAGCAAAGGCAGUUUCAAAACCUUGUUCUCUUUCACGUCGCCCAGCUCGUUGUUCCCACCGUCUGCCAUUAUCAGCUUAACCGACGAUAACUCGACAUUUUUCCUCGCCAGACCUGCUGCUUUUGGCCCGGCACUACCAAAAGAGGGCUUAAGUGGCUCGCUGUGGAUUGGUAGCGGCUUCGGAGAUGAUACACUGGGUGCCGUGGGCGAGUUGGGGUGCAGCGACGUCCCUGGCUGGGAAGAUGGCAGUGAUUACCUUGUCAGGGCUUCACGGUCAUCCGGUCUUGUCAAGGACAAAGCCAAGGGUACCUUACCGGACAGAAACUUGCCUCCAAAGGAAGGAGGCCAUGAAGCCAAAAUUGACAACAUUAACAAUGUCGCUGUGGACGAUGGUACAGACGAUCACCUGCAACCGAGCUUCUCCAGCACGCCCGCUACAUCAAGAAUCAAACAUGCCGAUAUACAGUCACUCCAAGAGAGCGCCGAAAUCGCUGGCAAGGUCGUACUGCUCAAGCGGGGAGGUUGUGGAUUCUUGGCCAAAGUCCAAUGGGCACAGUCCCGCGGAGGAGUAGCUGUUAUAGUAGGCGACGACGUGCGCGGUGGCGCCCUCGUUCGAAUGUACGCCAAAGGAGAUACCUCUAAUAUCACGAUUCCGUCCCUGUUCACUUCGCACACAACUGCUCAUCUUUUGUCUUCGCUCCUCCCGUCAGACGGCCUGUUCCCGAAUUCUGUACAAGCAUCUAAUACUGUCGAGGGUCAUCCGAAACUUUCCGAGGCGUUACGAACUGCGCAAACACCGGUCCACGGGAAGAAACAACCAUCGACAUCUGGCAAGAAGACCUCAGCUGGUCAACGUGUUGGCUGGCUGCAUUCUCUCGCAUCUGCAUUUGGUUUCGAUACAAGCGAUGACUCUCUCAAGGCCGGCAGUCGAAGGUUACCCAGCAGUGGCGACCUUGAGUGGGUCGAGGCCAGCGAUUGGGAAGAUGACCAAAACCCUAUCAAGACCAAAUCUGCAGCAUCGACGCCAACGCACACGAGCGCUGCAGACGGGUUUGUCAUCGGAGAACAUGACUGGCGGGAUCCUGAUCUUUUGCCUCUUACAGCAUCGACGAGUGAAGCUCAAACAGCAGCUAGCGCAACUCCAGUGAGUACCAAAGCCGACAGUAAUGCCUUACCCGGUAGUGGCGAAUAUACCCCAGCGAACGCAAAGAAUAGCGGGAAGAAACCGUGGAGCUGGUGGCCGGGCUCUAGGCAUGACACUGUUUCGUCAGCGUCGUCCAGGCGCGCGCGCACUAGAGGCAUUACCUCGAUCAUCGAUAUAAACUCCAGCAUUGUCAAGACUUCCCCUGCUGCUAGUGCUCACAAAGGCCUGUGGGUCACGCUUACACCUACAAAUGUUUCAAGCAGUCCUUUCUUCGAUACUUUACUCGUACUCGUUGUCAGUCCAUUGGUCACUCUGACAGUCGUAUAUGCCCUCCUCCUCCUUCGAUCUCGCAUACGACGUCGCCGUUGGAGAGCACCCAAGUCUGUUGUGGAACGCCUACCUGUCAGGACUUAUCAGACCAUGAGCGAUUCAUCGUCCUCAGCGACGACAAGUGCAGCUUCUCCUACGACGCCCUUACUUCAGCAUUCUUCUACCCGGUCUAGAUCACCGGAACCUCGGUCACGCUCAACUACUGUGUCAGAGACACCGGCCACUUCAACAUCUGUGCAGCAUGGGUCUCGUGACCGCGAGGAAGAAAAGCGAGAAUCAGGGCUAGCGGCGUGGAGGCGGCGCUAUGGCGGUCGUCAAAGAGAAUGCGUUGUUUGCCUGGAAGAGUAUGUUGAUGGAGUUAGUCAAGUCAUGAGCCUGCCGUGUGGUCACGAGUUUCAUGCGGAUUGCAUAACACCCUGGCUUGUCACGCGCCGGAGGACUUGCCCCAUCUGCAAAGGCGACGUUGUACGCUCUUUGAGUCGGAGCUGGCAUGAUCGGCUACAGUCAGCAUCACCAACACGCCCCCCCCGACUUUCCAUUAGCGAAGACGAUGUGCAAACAGAAGCAGCUGAGACUCGCAACGAGUCGCCUUCUGCAUCACGACCUGUACCCAUGUCUAGGCCUGCACCAACUGAUUCAUCUCCGCUUGAUGACGACGUUGAGGCUGGUUGGUCUGGAUCCAACUCCAGACGCGCUUCUGGAGAGAUCUCACGAGCAGCAGAGGGUGGAACCUCGUUGCGAGAGCUAGCCUCUUCUGUUUCCACCGUUGUGUGGCGCGGCUUCGACGCAGUCCGAUCGACUACUGGCCUUCAGCGACGUUCUCCGCCAGAAGAUGUCGAUCGAAAUCGGUGA